AUGGAGAACGAGCAGACGACCACGCUCCUCGUGUACUUCACCCUGGCGCUGUUCAACUUCGCUUCCAGUAUCAUUCAGGGUGUCGCAGGUAUCGGUGAUGCCAUUCUGAUUCAGGUCCUGUGGCUUCUCGCGUGCAAUCUCUCUGAUGAUUUCAGCAGAACCCCGCUUGGCGACUCACCGGUGCGCGCCGUGGCGCUCAUCAUGUACGUGCGGCUGCUCUUUAUGUCUCCGCUGGUGGUCUAUCUCGGCCUUAACGACAGCGUUUUCUCCAAGCAGAUGACGAUCAUGAUGGCUGUACCGAGCACCAUCUUUGCAAUGGUCGGCGUCAUCCUGUACACUUGGCUCGAUACCGGCACCCUAAAGAAGAUCCUCGGUUUCACUUGCUUCUUAUUCGCCCUCGUGUACGUUGGCAUCAUGAUCUACCGCGUCUGGCGGAAAAAGAGGCAGGUGGAGGAGUUGAAAUCGCGAAAUGUCAAGCUGGUGGUGGAGGCCGACGCCCUGGCAGAGGAAGCGCAGCUGAGCCGCAAAACGAGUAUGGUGAACCUCCACGCCAGCAUUGUGCAGAAUGUGCCAAACAACAGCAUUUUUGCCAUGCGCCCCCCUGCCCCUCCCGUCCAUGGCGCUCUUAACGUUAGUGCUCUGAGCAUGGCCUUGCCGCUGAAUUCGAGCAUGCUGCAGGACUCGGCCAUGGCGAUACCGAGUAAUACGAUUAUCGCCGAGGGUGUCACAGCCCCAGGGAUUGAUGCGCGGACUGGCCUGCCAGCUGAUACGACUGAGGCUUUCGUCAGUACCAUCGGCAGCGAGGUGUUCGUGGGAUCCGAGACGCAGGCGCCUCGCGUAAACGAGGAGAAUGUGCCGCGACUGACGCCGUCGAAGAUCUCGCCAUUGCGUACCAUGACGUUCACUCGUGUCCGCAUUAACCGUAACAUCGAUGCAAACGGGAAGAUCAAGAUGAGCGCAAAAGUUGGUGCGACUGUGGCGGCGUCGCUUGCGGGUAUGAUGGCGUCCCUCACCGGCGUGAAUGCCCCGCCGCAGAUCAUCUUCAUCCUGAUCUUUGAUGCCCCGAACUACAUCGUACGCGUCAACUUUAGCGCCCAGUCCAUCCCCAGUAACAUCGUCCGGUUCAUCAUGGCCGUCUGGAACGGCUCCUUCACCUCAGCCAUGGUUCCGCUGAUGAUCGUCGUGGUCAUCUUUGGCUUCGCCGGCGUGUUUGUGGGCAAUCGCGUCGGUCGCCUCCUCGGCCCGCAGAGCUUCAACGUGUUCGUACUGUGCCUGCUUCUUCUCUGCUCACUGGCCAUGAUGGACAAGUGGCAGAAUUUCCUCAUCAUCUGCACAAUCUUGACUGGCAUCAUCACUAUUUCAUGCGCCUACCUUGAGAACAAGCACAACAAACCCCUCAUUGAAAAGCAACGGCUGUCGGAGCUCGAGGUGGAGAAGCGCCUGUACGACUGCCUGGAGGAGCUCCAGCGCAGCCACAACAGCUUUGUGCAACCUAUGCACUCGGUAUCGACCUUUACUGCACUGGUACCCUUCCAGCGCACGAAUUAUCCGAAGUCGAUGCGGAGAGGCGCGAACUUCGACAAUGACGAUGAGGGUAUCGGGGAUGAGCGCGAGAAGGACGCCACAGCAUCCUCAGCGGCCGUCGCAACUCAUGCUGAGCUGGGCUCGGUCAAGGAAAGAAAGAGCAUCUCUUCCUACCAUUUGCUCGAGCAGCACCGCAGCACUGCCCCACCGCCUGCAGUAGCAGUCGCAAAUGGGGGUGAAGAAGUGUCCCCAGCCGCUCCAGCGGCCGCCCAUCCGCGCAGCCCCUCAGACAAAGCAGACGAGAGCACCGUUCCGGCGGGCCGUCGCGCCUCCGGCUACCGCACACCUAGCAGUGACAGUAGUGACAAGGAGUGCAACUACCUCCCUAGCUGGAGUAGAGAUAUACUGCAGAAUGAUCAAUCCGCUCUGAGCGACCCUGAUCCCUCUCUCCCAGAGUGCCAGCCGCCCUCGCUGCGCAGCAUGAACAGCAGCGUGUAG